GCACAGCAGAGUGGGAAUCGAGCCUCUGGCACUUACAGAGGCGAUUAUCACAAGCAGUCGGCAAGGUUCGCCUCGGGCCGGGCCCUUUCCUUUCAGCCUUGUUCGAAAGCGACAAAGCAUCUCAAUGGGCUUGGGCAGUACAGCUGCUGUCGACGAUGCGUCGCAGAUCCUUCAAAGAUUCUCUAGUGGCUCUCGGCGGGGUUGCAUCCGCCUGCGCGAAGAGCGUGCAGUGGCCACAUUCGCUCAGUGUGCUGUCAACUGCCGCCAAGCGUGGGCCCACACCGGAUGUUGUGCUCUUCAAUGUUGUCAUCAAGGCGUGCGAGAGGGCUCAGCAGUGGCAACGGGCCUUGCGGCUUUUCCGGCAAAUGGGCUUGCGUGGUGCCCCAGCCACUGCGGUGAGUUUCAGCAGCACAAUGACCGCCUUGACACAUGGUACUAGAUGGGAUCUCAGCAUCAGUCUCAUGGAGGAGGCACGCGGCUCCGAGCUGCUCAACAAGUUUGUAUGUUCAUCUGCCAUGGCUGCCUGCGAAAAAGGUCACCAGUGGACCAUGGCAACACAAAUUCUGGAAGAGGCAGAGGAUGCUGCAUCUCUGAAUUUGGCCAUCAGUUGCAUUGCCAAGGCACUCAAGUGGCAACACGCACUUGACCUCGCCGCAUCGUUGCCUUCGAGACAAAUCCAGCCCAGCGGCAUGACAUACAACGCUUCGAUUGGUGCAAGUGGAGCCGGGAAUCAUUGGACACUGGCCUUGCAUCUGUUCUCCGAAAUGCAAAGCAACCAGGUGCCCAGCAACAACAUGACCCUGGGCUCCCUUGCUUCCGUUCUGGGAGAGUCUUCACAGUGGCCUCGAGCUCUGCAGCAGUUCGAGGCUUUUGAAGCAGAUGGUGGCGUGGCAGAUGCCAUCACGUUGUCUGCCAUUCUCGCAGGUUGUGCCAAGGGUUCCAGCUGGGAGGCUUCGAUGGCGUUGUUCGCCGGGAUCAGAGCUCGCCAGCUUGAUUUGCACGUCAUUCCAUGUAAUGCAGCUAUGACGGCUUGCCAGAGGGCCGAGCAGUGGCAGCGUGCCUUACUGCUUUUCGAGGAAAUGGCUUCCAUACACCUCAGCCCUGGGCAUCAGACCUGGAACGUUGCGAUUCAGGCAUGCUUGUGCGGGGCUCUUUGGGAGUCUGCUGUUCAUCUCCUUCAGCAGUCGGAGGAGCCUGAUGAAUUCGCCUUUAGCGCGGCCACCUUGGCAGUUCUUGCUGCCUCCGCGGAUGGUGUCCAGCGCUCAAAGGCGCUUGCCCUGUACAGAGAGGCUUGCGAGAGGGGAGCCGCAUGCCACCUGCACAGCUUCGAGGCUGGGGUAAUAGACCUGCAUGGCCUGCUUGCGGAGCAAGCGAAACUCGCUGUUGAGGCUUCGCUUUUGGAGAUGCUCGUCAACGCUUGCCUUAAAAAGCAAGUUUUGUCUGACCUCGUCAUCGUCGUUGGUGUGGGGCACCAUAGCGCCGGUGGCCAGCCAGUCGUUGGACCUGCUGUGCUCAAGUUCUUGAGCGAGCUCCGGAUGCCUGUGGCGCCUUCACCGACGUCGCCAGGACGGCUAGUGGUAAAAGCUGCAGACAUUCGACGAUGGCUGGACGAUGCCUGA